UACUUUAAAUUUUCCCAGGACGAUGACUUACUUUCCGAGAAAAUAGCGUUGGUUGGUCUUUGUUUUUUUCUCAUUGAUUAAUCAAUCAAUCAAUGCUCGAGAAUCUCUUGCGCGCGUAUAUUAGCCGCAACACCCUCACAUGGCUUCGCAAUUACUGGGAUCGAAUCCUCCACAAACUCCACUGCAUCUCUCUCCUAUUCAGCAGCACCACCAUGUCCCAGCCGACGGAGUCUCAAGCGGCCACACCCGAUGCGGCGCCGUUCGAUCCGACGAAGCCGUCCAUUCCCAUCUCCUACCCCAUUGAAACGCUCGAAGAGCUCGAGUCUCGGGCCUAUUUCAAGUCCUUUCACUACCCUUUCAACAAAUCCUCUGUUCCGCUCCAAUCGGGGCCCUUGGAUUCUCGCCCCAGAAUCCUCGUGUGCCACGAUAUGCAAGGAGGGUAUGUCGAUGAUAAGUGGGUGCAGGGAGGAAAUAAUGAGGGGGCUUACGCAAUCUGGCACUGGUACUUGAUUGAUAUCUUCGUUUACUUCUCGCAUAAUUUGGUCACUUUGCCUCCUCCUUGCUGGACUAAUACUGCUCACAGGCACGGUGUCAAGGUGUUGGGGACUUUCAUCACAGAAUGGGAAAAAGGGACUGCGAUUUCCAAGGAAUUGCUCAAAACAAAGGAAUCUGCUCAAAUGUAUGCUGAACGAUUAGCAGAACUUUCUGUCGCUUUGGGCUUUGAUGGCUGGCUGAUCAAUAUGGAAGUCAAUCUUGACCUUGAGCUGAUUCCUAAUUUGAAAGAAUUCGUUAGUCACUUAACCCAGACUAUGCAUUCCCUGAUGCCUGGAUCUUUGGUAAUAUGGUACGAUAGCAUAACAAUUAAUGGAGCCCUUGAUUGGCAAGAUCAGCUUAACGAAAAUAAUAAACCUUUCUUUGAUAUUUGUGAUGGCAUAUUUGUAAACUAUACAUGGGAGGAAAGCUACCCUGAACUUUCAGCAGAAGUUGCUGGUAGCAGAAGGUCUGAUGUCUACAUGGGAAUUGAUGUAUUUGGAAGAAACACUUAUGGUGGUGGAGGAUGGAAUACAAAUGUUGCACUCAAUGUUAUAAAGAAGAAUGAUGUAUCAGCUGCCAUAUUUGCUCCUGGAUGGGUUUAUGAGACUGAGCAGAAGCCUGAUUUUCAGACUGCUCAAAAUCGUUGGUGGGACCUUGUUGAAAAAUCAUGGGGAAUUGUGAAACGUUAUCCUAGACUGCUGCCUUUCUACUCAAAUUUUGAUCAGGGUCAUGGCUAUCAUGUGUUCAUUGAGGGAGCACAAGUCUCUGAUGCCCGUUGGAAUAACAUCUCUAGCCAAGGCUUUCAGCCGUUUCUGGAGAAUAUCAAUGACUCAACUUCAAAUGCCUUACAAGUCUUUGUCGGUUUUAAUGAACCAUCUUAUAGUGGCGGAGGAAACGUGACAUUCAAAGGAACCCUUGAAGACGAUGCUGAUUUCAUGACACAGCUCUUUCGGGGAGAGCUGCUUUUAGACAAUUCACCAAUUCACCUUACAUAUUCGGUGAAAUCGAACAGCAAAUCUCUACUGGGCCUGUCUCUUGAGUUCGUUUCUGCCAAGAAUGAAAGAACAUCCGUACUUGUUGCAUCCUGGGGAAGAAAUCAAGUAUCUCGUAAAUACAGCAAAGUGAUCGUGCCACAUCUCGUAAAAAAGACAGACAUGGGACUAGGAUGGGUCAUGAAUGAGGCUGGCAUUGCUAUGAAUGGAUACAUAUUGACAGAAAUACAUGCUGUAUGCUACAGGCCAAUGCCUUUAAACAAUAGGCAGAAACUAGAAUACAGAGAGGAGCGCCCAGGUGCUACAUUAACUCACACCCCAUCACAAUAUCUUGCAGUCCUUGGUGAUAUCACCAUCAAAACUUCAACACAGAACUCAGUUUUUCCACCACCUGCUUCAUGGCUGGUAGAGGGUCAGCAUAUCGAAUGGACUUCAGAUACUCACGGUUCAAGGACAGUUAGUCUCAAGAUCAUUUGGAAAUUGAAAGAUGGAAUCGAUUUGAUAUUUACAAAGUACAAUAUCUAUGUUGAAAAACUAUCGAAAGAAGGUGUUGAGAAUACAAGUGAAAGGCUGCAAGGGAUACAAGAAUACCUUGGAGAGGCACAAGUGCAAGCCUACUAUGUCUCUCACCUUUCCAUUGCCAAUGGCACUUCUAGUCUCAAAUUCGUCAUUCAAGUUUGUGGUGCGGAUGGGUUAUGCCAGAAGCUGGAUGAUUCUCCAUUUUAUCAUCUGGAUGUUAACCGUCAGUAAGUUUCGUACUUAGUUCAAUUUGAUGUAUUCUUCAUUCUCAAUGGUAGAGUUCAUUCUAGUGUUGUCGAGGUGUAACCUAUAGGUCACAUAUUUAAUUCCUGGAAACGGUCUUUCUAACUAUUAUGUGGGGGUAAGGUCUACGUAUAUCGUGCAUGUCCCUAACCCCUCCCAAUGCGAGAGUCUUAUCCAUGAGAGUUGUUUACCUUUUGAAAGGGCGAAACCUACUUACUUUAUCUACUAUUGUUGUACUAUAAAAUGAAAAAGGUAUAAUAAUAUUUCCUUGCAAUA